CACCAUUGAGAUACAAUUGAUUAUAAACGUACGGAAAUAUGUUGAAAGAGAAAGGAAGCCAAGAACAUUUAGAAGCGUUUAAAGACAUGAGAUUGGAAGAAGACCAGUGAGAAACAGAGUUUAUACAAUUUUGAACAUAAGAAAAAUUAGAAGAAUCAGUACAGUAGAGGAAAGAGGAACAAUCAAAAAAACAUCAUCAGCAAAGAGACAGAUUUCACAAUUAUGUGGAAGUGAGCUUACACAUCAAAUCAGAGAGAUACUCAUAACAUAUUGUAGAUGAUCCACUAGCGAACACCGACCGAAGGAGGUGUGAGCGUUGUGUUCGAUUCAUAGUCAUGGAAGGUCGUUCGCAAAUAUAAGUUCCUAAAGUCAAGGAAUCGAGCGAGCGCAGACGAACGUUACCGUAUAAUAAUAGUGUAGUACUUCGUUUUCAUUGUUCAAAUUCAUUAUGUAGAAAUAACCAUUCGAGCGAAUCAUUAAGAGAGGUCGUCCGGUUUCGUCUUUGUAUAGUCGUAAGACAUGCGAACCCAAGCGAUAGUUUCAGAUUGUAUUUAGAUAAGUCACUAAGUGGCCAAUCCUCUAGAAACGGAUGAUUCAUCGUCGAAUUAUUCAUCUCACUGCAGUCUCAGAAACAGAACAGAAUAUUAUUGGUGUUAUAUUAAUCAGAUUAUAUCAUACCUAACGUAGCUCAUAUCUGAUCGAUGGAUGCAUGAGAGUUUCUGAGCGAAAAAUCAGGUCCAGUGGCAGGUAAUGAGAAUGGCUCUGAAUGGAACGCCGGUAAAAUGUCGACAAACUGUUGAAAAUCUACGUUUCUGACUACGAUUCAUACCGUAGUGGACCUUAAAAAAAGCAGAAGUUUACCAAGCUGAGAACUUAAUUUUGUUACGAUAAUUGGAUAAUCUUGUUAAUGAUAAAUUGUUUAGAUGAGGAUCAUUUACAUUGUAAAGCAUUAAGCAAAGUAAGAUGAACUGUGUGUUAUCAUCUCUGCUGGUAUUUUCCACACUCAUUGUAACUAUAGCAGGUAUGUACAUUACUGUAACUUAGCAAGUUAGUCCAUGGUCUAUCAUAUUUUUCGUGCUCUUUGUUUCAGCUGUCACAAUUAAGAUACCACAAAAUGAUCACAUCUAUGAACGUACACGUCAAGAUACAUCAUCAAUAUUUCCUGCAUUUAAAUAUUAUAUCGUACCUCGAGAACAUCUCUCGAUAGAAAAUGUUGACUUAAAGACAAUUACAUUACAAUUAAAAACUAGAUUAACUACAGAUCUUGUUGGUCGAUAUACAUGUACAGAAAGAAUUAAUAAUAUCUUGGAAGAGAAUGCAAUAUAUGUUUUUAUUUAUGAUGGUAAAUCGAUAUUUACCAAAUCAUCAUAUUCGAGUGUGAUGAAACAAACGGGUGUGCAUUUUUUUAAUAUACCAUGUCAAACUACCAACUGGUUUACAAAAAUGAAUUGUCCCGUACCGAACAAUGAUCAAUGUAUACCUGUUUAUUACACACCAGAAUUUCAGGCUCAAAGAUCGUCGUUUGAAGUACAAUUAUCAGUAAACAAUUUUGAAAACCAAUUUUAUGAAUAUUCUUUGGUUAUUAAUAAUGUUACAUUUGAAGAUGAAGAAGAAUUAACAAUUAGUGUAAAAUCAAAAAUUCUAAAUAAAAAGACAAUAAAACCGAUUGUUGAUGGUGAUCCAGUUGCAUACUUUUCGUUUAUACCAGAACAAAUUCCACACAGCUUGAAGUGGCGCGAUGAUUUUCGUAAUGAAAAAAUUUAUCCCUAUGGUGUAUUUGAGAAUGAAAUAUAUCGUGUGAUGUGUUCUGUUCAUCAUCGAUCUGAUACGGAAAAACCAUUGAAUGUUUUUAUUUUAAAACGAACGUGUUUGCUUGAUGAUUGUUUACAUAAUCUUAUUGAUACAAAAUCGUGCGGUGAUACAAGAAAGGGUUGGACAAAGAUGAAUGUCGACUCGUAUGCACUAGAUAAAUUUCGUACGCAAUUUACAAGUAUUGAGAGAGAAACAGUUACAGAUCCUGAUGUAGGUCAUCAAUAUCUAUGUUGUUACAAAAAUAGUCUUAUGUCAAAAGGGUUGACAGCAAUGGCAAAUGAUCGAAGUAUGUUUGUUACUAAAAAGCCAGAAUUCAGCAUGGUUACGGGUGAUAUUCUGACAUACGGUUGUGAAGCACAUGAACUUAUUUACGAUGAAAUAUCGUUUGUGUAUAACGAUGGAAUAAACACUUAUGAACGAAAGCGUACUGAUAAUGAAUGGGUACUUGCGGGUACGACACAAAAGAAAAAAUUAGAUUUACAAUGGGUUGUGGAUUCGACUAGAAAAAUUCAUGCGAUGAUCGUAAACGUGUCAACAUCUCCAUUAACAGCACAUGAUAGUGGUUUUAUUCAAUGUAAAGUGACAUCAAAACGUUCGAAUAUUAUACCAGAUAUUACAGAUACUUACACAAUUAACGUUGAUGAUCCUUUGCCAAUGGGUUUUAUUACUCCAUUAAAUCCAAAUCCUAAACUUUAUCGUUCGAGUGGUGCAGAUAUUUAUUUAGAUUGUAAUCAUCAAGGGCGACCUCAACCGAAAGUAAUCUGGCUCAAAGGACAACAGCCAGUGAAAUAUGAUUCUACAAUAACAUUUGGACCCAACAAUGGCUCUUUAAAAAUAAAUCGUCUUCAAGGAUCAGACACAGGAUAUUACACGUGUGAAUUAAACAAUGGUCGAGAUCAGAGUCUGAUACGAAGUUUUGAUUUAUAUGUAAAAGGAACUAAUCCUGACAGUCGUUAUCGUAAAUUUGGAGCCAUACUUGGUUUUAUUUUUGCAUCUCUACUAUUAUUAAUGUUAACUUUACUCGUAAUUGGUGCCUUCAAAUAUCGACAAAUGAAAAAAAAAGUCAAGGCUAGUCAAUUUACUCAAGAAAAACACAAUCGUACAUCACAGUUAUUUGAUGAAAAUCAACAAAUCGUCAAACAGCUUAAACUUAUAGCGUUACCCGAAAAUUUUGCAACAAAAAAUCAAGUCAAAACUUUACUUGGUUAUGUUAAUGAAAGUCAUGAAAUGGAUUCAAAUGAUUUCAAGAAGCUUGGUGAAGGUCAAUUUGGAGUAGUAUACAAGGUUCGUUUGCCCGAUGUUGGUUUUGUAGCUGCAAAAAUGUUGCCAGAAUCAAUUCGAAAUGCUAAUAAUAGGAAAGAUAAAGGAAGGAAAAGUAUCGAAACAGAAGCUCUAAAUAAAGACCAAGAAUUCGCAAAAAAACAGAAAGCAACAGAAAUGUUAAUUGAAGAAUUAAAAGUGUUGGGUAAAGUUGGUCAACAUUUUAACAUUGUUGGGUUGAUAUCAGUCGCAUAUCCCAAAACAGAACUCAAAUCAAUUUUCUCUGGGCCAAUUCGUGACGAAGAUUCAUUUUAUCUAAUGGAAUUAUGUGAGAAUGGUUCAUUAGAAUCCGUGUUAAGAACAUUCAAUACUCAUCAAGAGAACAAUAAUAAUUUGGAAACAAAACCGUCGUUAUAUAAAAAUCUAUCGAACACCAAAGCUGGAAUUACGGUAGAACGAGCUGUCAAUACUUCCUCUUUAACAGAUGAUGAUCUAAAAUUAAUGGCUUAUCAAGUGGCAUGUGGUGUCGAUUAUUUGAACCGUAAACAAAUAGCGCACAGUGAUAUUGCUCCAAGAAACGUACUUGUCACAGAUCGAUUUAUAAUGAAAAUUUGUGAUUUUGGCUUAGCAACAUGGACAACUUACAAGAAUUACAGUGAACAAUUGGCAACUGGUAGGGUUCAACUUGAGAAAAAACAUAAUAGUACAGCCACACAUAAUCUAACACCAGAAUUAGCUACAGCAAUGUUACGUAAUUCAUCAAAUGGUGGUGAAAACCUACUAUUGAAUAAAUCAUCGAUGAACGCAGACGUUUGGUCAUUUGGAAUAUUUCUAUGGUGUUUAUUUCUGAAAUGUAAAUAUCGGCCAUUUAAUCAAAUUCAUCGUGAAGUGCAGCAUCCAUCUGAUUCCGAGUAUAUGUCGCGAUUAUUGAGAAUACUAAGUAGCGGGCGUGUAUUGGAGUACAUCGAUUAUCAUCCUGAAAUUCCAAGAGAAGUCUAUGCCAUUAUUCGUGUUUGUUUACGUGAAGAAACUGAACGUCCUGAAAUGAGCAAUAUUCGUAGUUAUCUCUGUCAUAAGCAAAUGUUAUCAAGACAAGCAUUCGAUUACUAUAAAAACGAAUAUAACCAAGAUAAGGAAGCACAUUCGAACGGUAGUAAUGUAGAAGUUUUUGGUGAAGUUCAAGGUGGUGAAGAUUUACCGAAAUUUAACGAAAACCAUGCUGUGGACAGUGACGGUAAUGGUCGAAUUGAUAUGAAUUACCGUGAUGGUAGUGGUGAUGAUCGACAACAACAACGAAAAGAUUAUGGCUACUAUGUACCUCCGUCAGAAAUAAGUAAUAAGUCGACAAGACCUUUAUUGCCACAUUCAUAUCGUGAUAAUAGUGAUUAUGAUCAAAACGAUUCGUAUUUACAGCCAACUACUGAACCUAAAAAGUUUCCCGCACAUGUAAAAGGAACACACAAUAUUCAAAAUGAUAAUGAACUAGAGAACAGUUCACUAAGGAAAGAUAAUAUAAUGAAUAAGCCACGAAAUGAUAACGAUAAUAUAAAUGUAACAUAUAAUACUGCAUCAAAUACUAAACGUUUAGCACCAUAUUUGCGUGGUAAUAAUGACAGUUACCUCUAA